AUUGCAGCUUGUAACAGCGAUGAUGAAACCCAGAAGCUUCCUGAACAGAUCAGAAGGGAAGGUACCUCCAACCCUCCGGAUCACCUGCUUUUAAGGUGGACUCGGCCCUCCCAUCACCUCCCCAAAACUCUGCAUGCGUCCAAUCAGGAGAGGACAGGUGCAUUAUUACAGUGUGAAAAAUAAAAAAGUCAACAUGAAAUACCUGUAUUCUGAGUUUGGACCAGUUUGUCCAGGGGUGGCGGUGGGCAGAAGGAGCCAAUGGCACCACAAGGGGCGGAUUUGUGCGUAAAAGCAGGUAUAAAACUCACCUGUAUCCAUCACAGCCACCAAGCAGCUUGAGACGCUCCCUGCAGUAGUUAGCACUCUCAUCCAGCAUCCAUCAUGCCUUCAAACUCCGCUGCCAGCAUGUUCGGUGGAGCCGGGGGAAGGGGCUCCAGGGCGUCCGUGGCGAGCCUGGAGGGGCUGCGCAACGUGCUGCGCAACGACACGGAGCGAGACUCCGCUCCGGUCGCUCGAGCUGCGCCUCCCGCCGCGGCCGCGCCUCCUGCUGCAGCCCCCGCCGACGACAAGCAGACGCUGCGGGGUCUGAAUGACCGGCUGUCCGGCUACCUGGGCAGGGUGAGGCAGCUGCAGAAGGAAAACGAUGAUCUGGAGAAACAGAUUGAUGAGAUUUUGGCCAAGAGGAAAGCUCCUGAAGAGCGCGACUGGGACAAGGUUGAGGAACCCCUGGAUGACCUCAAGCAGAAGAUUAAAGACAUCACCAUGGAUAACGCCAAGCUGCUGCUGCAGAUCGACAACACCAAACUGGCCAAUGAUGACUUCAAGAACAAGCUGGACGAUGAGACAAAAGCACGUAAGGAAUUAGAAAAAGACCUGGACGUUCUGAAGAAGACCAUCGAGGACACCAAGCUGAACCGCCUGCAGACACAGAAAGAGAUCGACUUGGUGAAGGAAGAGCUCGAUCGCGUCAACAAGGAACACAAACAGGAGGUGGAUGUCCUGCGUGAGAAGAUCAAGGACUCCGUGGUGAACGUGGAGAUCGAUUCUCAGAACUCCAACCUGGCCGACGUUGUCAACAAGAUCCGCAACCAGUACGACAAGCUGGCCAAGAAGAACCUGAAGGAAACUGAGGACUGGUACCAGAGCAAGUUCGACAACAUCAAGGUGGUGGAGGCCCAGAACAACGAGGAUUUGCUCUCUGGGAAGUUAGAGCUGAGGGAACUGCUCAAACAGAAGCAAUCUCUGGAAAUUAAGAUCCAGGGCAUGCACUGCAAGAUCCACAAUCUGGAGGAGGCCCUGACGAGCACCAAGCUGGAGAACGGUCAGCGUCUCCUGCCCCUGAACAAGGCCAUAGUGAGCCUGGAGGCGGAGCUGAAGGAGGUGAGGGCGCAGGUGGAGCGCCACGUGGAAAACAACAAGAAUCUGCUGUGCGUGAAGAUGAAGCUGGAGGCAGAAAUCAAUAACUACCAGCGGCUGAUGCAAGGCCUGACCUGUGACCCUGAGAGCUCGGACUUGUCAUUAGAAGAUGCGGUGGACGGCGACCAAAUAAAGCCUGAAAAUCAGAAGCCAGAGCAGCUGGAAGAAGUGAAAGAAGAAGCCAGCGUGAAGCAGGAAAACUCCCCGUCUAAUAAAUCUGCUGCCCCCGAAGCCCCCGAAGCAGAAAAACCAGCUGAAGUGGCGGAAGGAGACGUCAUGAAGGACGACAAGGAUGCUGUCAAGAAUGCACCGAGCAAAAAAAGCAAAAAACCCAAGAAGAAUAAGAAAAAGAAGUCUUCAUCCUCUUCUUCUUCCUCCUCAUCUUCCUCUUCCUCCUCUUCUUCCUCGUCCUCCUCCUCUUCGUCCUCCUCUGAGGAUGAAGAGGAAAAGGCAAAGAAAGAGGGCGAAGUGGCCGAAGCCUGAUUUUUAAAUAUCAAACUGUUGCUGCUUAACCUGUAAAGCUACUAUGAGGUUGUCAGUAAAUAAAAAUGUUUGAU